UGUUUUGCCGCAAAGCUAUGAAUGAUGUCCCGUAGAAUGGCCAGCCUCUUCUCCUUAAGUUCUCGGCCCCAGGUCCUCUUUCGAUUAGCAAUCUCCGUCAAUCGACCGGUAUGCCAUAGAAAUUUUGGUCUGACGGCUGUAGCUCUGAAUCGACAGACCAAAGAUGAUGACCUCUUCUCAUCUGCGAUUCUGUCUGGAAAUUCUGAAUCUGCGGCUUCCGUGUCCACCACUGGGCCCAAAGCUAAAUCCAGGGACGCCGCUACGCGUCGAGAACAACAGUUUUAUGAGCUGGUGGAAUACAUGACGAACCGCACAGGACGCAAACGAGCUGUCAAAGCCGGCCAAGUGCGCCAAUCUGCAUGGCUUCGGCUAUUCCAACUCGCAAAUUCUUCAGAACAGCUGGAAAUGGUGGCAGAGAUGUUCCCGAGGUGGAGAGACUCGGGCAAAGAGUUCCGCCCCAUACACGCAGAGGCUUUCGUUCGCCGCUGUGAGGAGCUGAAGUGCCCGGCACUCGCACUCAAGGUUUUCGGAGACCAUUCAAAGUACGGUCUGGGUUUAAGCUCUCUCUUCGCUGCACGUCAUAUGCUGCACUCCGUCUAUGCCCAGUCCCCGUUGUCAGACUCUAUGACAGUCGCAGCUCUCUUUGGUGUUUACAAACUCCCACCUGUUUCAUCUGAUCUCGCUGCUUGUUCCAUGCUCUACUCCGCAUGCCUCAAAGAUAAAUCCGCAAAUGCGCGGGUUGUGGGCAAGGCGUUGUACGAGGAGCUCAAGAAACAAGUCCAGGACAAUGCUCCCGUCAAGGCUCCUCAAGAAAGCGCGAUAAGGGCAAGAUAUGCAGAGAAGCCCAACAUUUGGUUCCUGGAUGCCCUCAAGACGAUCGAGAAGGUACACAAAAAGACGGGAAGGGAGUGGAAGUGGAUACGAUACUGGACAGCGGAGCGUGAAUGGCGCCCUCGCAAUACGUUUACUCCCAGCCAACCUGCAGCUACCGCUCAGCACGCAUAAUCGCAACUCCUUUUAUUACCAGGCGACUAUAAUUCAUUUCGUUUUAGAGCUGGGACUUGAGGCGAGAAGCUUGAAGACCCGCCAGGUUAUGUUCCCUAACUCCGCAUCGUGAUACUCACCAUUGGUUGUGUCGAUGGAAUUUGCGGUCGCACGUUUGCUUCAUAUAAGUGAUGUGGCGAAGCGCUCAACAGCUGGUUUC